ACACUUUCAGAGUACCUGAAAGAAAUACUAAACCUGUUGCAGCCGUCCCCGGUCUCCCCACUGAGGCUCCCUGUCCUGUAAUAUUGUCUUUACUGGAAGUUCCAUUGUUAUCAUUGUGGUUUGCACUUUCAGCAGUUUCCUGGUAUUUGUGUCCAACACCUCCCCCUAGUGUCAUCUCUCCUCUGUUGGAGCCACAGAGCGUCGUCCCGGACUGCAGCUGGAUCCUGCUCCGCUUCACCUGGAGUUUCCACCGGGACACACCGACCCCUCUCACGGCUCCCCCCCGGGCAGCUUUGGACUCCUGGGACGCACGAGUCCUCCUGUGGAUCAGGAAAGUGGAGCUUUUACGCACACGCGCCCUCUUCUAAUGCGUCUUUCUUCCCCCGGUCGGUUUGAGGAUCUGUGGAGUUUGUGAACUCGUGUGAUCACAGUUACCUGAGAGCCUCUGCAGCUGCUCUGCACACUCCUCCAACAUGGCUUCUUCCGACACAGGUGACCGCCAAGAACAGACGGAUAUAAAUGCCUGUUACCUGCGAUCAGCUCGGGCCGGGAACCUAGAGAAAGCUUUGGACUACCUGAAGAAUGGAGUCGAUAUCAAUAUUUGCAAUCAGAACGGCCUCAAUGCGCUUCAUCUGGCCUCAAAAGAGGGCCACGUGGAAGUGGUGGCCGAGCUCAUCAAGCAUGGUGCCAAUGUGGAUGCAGCUACCAAGAAAGGAAACACAGCCCUCCACAUAGCUUCUCUCGCUGGGCAGACAGACGUGGUGAAGGAACUGGUCACACAUGGAGCCAAUGUCAAUGCACAGUCUCAGAAUGGCUUCACUCCUCUGUACAUGGCGGCCCAGGAGAACCACAUGGACGUGGUUCAGUACUUGUUGGACCACGGCUCGAGUCAGAGCAUCGCCACUGAGGAUGGGUUCACUCCUCUGGCCGUGGCGUUGCAGCAGGGUCACGAACAGGUUGUUUCCCUCCUCCUGGAAAACGACACCAAGGGGAAGGUCCGGCUGCCUGCUCUGCACAUCGCCGCACGGAAAGACGACACCAAGGCCGCCGCGCUUCUGCUCCAGAAUGACCACAACGCCGACGUAGAGUCGAAGAUGAUGGUGAAUAGAACAACAGAGAGCGGCUUCACUCCUCUUCAUAUCGCAGCUCACUACGGCAACAUCAACGUAGCAACGCUCCUGCUGAACAGAGGGGCAGCUGUGGACUUCAAGGCGAGGAAUGACAUCACACCGCUGCACGUAGCGUCCAAACGUGGGAACAGCAACAUGGUGCGACUGCUGCUGGAGAGAGGGGCCAAGAUAGACGCACGGACCAAGGACGGUCUGACUCCUUUGCACUGUGGAGCGAGGAGCGGCCAUGAGCAGGUGGUGGAGAUGCUGCUGGACAGAGGAGCUCCGAUUCUGUCCAAGACAAAGAACGGUCUGUCCCCGCUCCACAUGGCGACGCAGGGCGACCACCUCAACUGCGUCCAGCUGCUGCUGCACCACGAGGUGCCUGUGGACGACGUCACCAACGACUACCUGACGGCGCUGCACGUGGCUGCACACUGCGGGCACUACAAGGUGGCGAAGGUCAUCGUGGACAAGAAGGCCAACCCCAACGCCAAGGCACUGAAUGGUUUCACUCCUCUGCACAUUGCCUGCAAGAAAAACAGAGUCAAGGUGAUGGAGCUGCUUCUGAAGCACGGAGCGUCUAUACAGGCUGUCACUGAGUCCGGUCUGACUCCGAUCCACGUCGCAGCCUUUAUGGGACACGAUAACAUCGUCCACCAGCUGAUCAACCACGGAGCCUCGCCAAACACGAGCAACGUGAGAGGGGAGACAGCACUCCACAUGGCAGCAAGGGCCGGUCAGUCAAACGUGGUCCGAUAUCUGAUCCAGAACGGGGCACGAGUGGAUGCAACAGCCAAGGAUGACCAGACUCCGCUGCACAUCUCCAGCCGUCUCGGUAAGCAAGAGAUCGUCAACCAGCUGCUGGGAAAUGGAGCAUGCCCGGACGCCACCACCAGCUCUGGAUACACACCUUUACACCUGGCUGCAAGGGAGGGACACAAAGACAUAGCUGCUGCACUGAUGGACCAAGGAGCCAGUCUGGGGAUUAUCACCAAGAAGGGCUUCACUCCUUUACAUGUGGCUGCAAAGUACGGCAAGAUCGAGGUCGCCAACCUGCUGCUGCAGAAGAACGCUCCAUCUGAUGCUGCGGGGAAGAGUGGACUAACUCCACUGCAUGUGGCAGCUCACUAUGAUAACCAGAAGGUGGCGCUGCUCUUGCUCAAUCAGGGAGCCUCACCGCAUGCUGCUGCAAAGAACGGCUACACUCCGCUCCACAUUGCGGCGAAGAAGAACCAGAUGGAGAUCACCACCACGUUGCUGGAGUACGGAGCCUCCACGAACACCGUGACACGACAGGGGAUCACUCCCCUGCACCUCGCCUCUCAGGAGGGAAACGUGGACAUCGUGACGCUGCUGCUGGCUCGAGACGCUCCCAUAAACAUGGGUAACAAGUCUGGUCUGACUCCGCUCCAUCUGGCUGCACAGGAGGACAAAGUCAACGUCGCUGAGGUCUUAGUAAACCAGGGAGCCACAAUAGACCCUGAGACCAAGCUGGGGUACACUCCUCUCCAUGUGGCCUGUCAUUACGGCAACGUGAAGAUGGUUAACUUCCUGCUGAAGAAUCAGGCGAAGGUCAACGCUAAAACGAAGAACGGUUACACACCCCUCCAUCAGGCUGCACAGCAGGGACACACACACAUCAUCAACCUGCUGCUACACCAUGGAGCGUCGCCCAAUGAACUCACUAAUAACGGGAACAGUGCUCUGUCGAUCGCGAGGAGGCUCGGCUACAUCUCUGUAGUCGACACUCUCAAAGUGGUCACGGAGGAAACUCUCACCACUCAGACUGUGAUCGAGAAGCACAAGAUGAACGUCCCAGAGACGAUGAACGAGGUGUUAGACAUGUCCGAUGAUGAAGUCCAUAAAGCCAAUGUCCCAGAAAUGAUCACAGAGGACUAUGUAUCUGAUGUGGAAGAAGGUGACGAUGCAAUGACGGGGGACACAGACAAAUACCUGGCCCCCCAGGACCUGCGCGAGCUGGGCGACGACUCACUCCCGCAGGAGGGCUACAUGGGCUUCAGCGUUGGUGCUCGGUCACAGAGCCUGCGUUCCUUCAGUUCUGAUAGGUCCAACACGCUGAACCGGAGCUCGUUCACGCGGGACAGCAUGAUGAUAGAGGAGAUACUGGCACCCAAGGAGAUGCAUUUGGCGGCGGCUAAAGACCUUGACAACGACUCUCUGAGGAGGUACAGCUGGACAGCAGACGCACUGGAUAACGUCAACCUCGUGUCCUCACCGAUACACUCCGGUUUUUCCUCUCCGCUCCCGCAGUACGACAGCAGGUUCCUUGUCAGCUUCAUGGUCGACGCCAGAGGCGGCUCCAUGAGAGGAAGUCGCCACAACGGCAUGCGGAUCAUCAUCCCGCCCAGAAAGUGCACCGCGCCCACCAGGAUCACCUGCAGGCUGGUUAAGAAACACAAGCUUGCAUCGCCUCCUCCCAUGGUGGAAGGGGAAGGCCUGGCCAGCAGACUGGUCGAGGUCGGCCCAGCAGGAGCUCAGUUCCUUGGACCUGUGAUAGUGGAGAUCCCUCACUUUGGCUCAAUGCGAGGCCAGGAGAGAGAGCUGAUCCUGCUGCGCAGCGAGAACGGAGAGUCCUGGAAGGAGCAUCUGUACGACUACAAGACGGACGACCUCAAGCAGCUCCUCAGUGGGAUGGAUGAAGAGCUGGACAGUCCUGACGAGCUGGAGAGGAAGAGAAUCUGCCGCAUCAUCACCAAGGACUUCCCACAAUACUUUGCAGUAGUGUCCCGAAUCAGGCAGGAGACCAAUCACAUGGGACCUGAGGGCGGGACUCUGUGCAGCCGCAGCGUCCCAUUGGUUCAAGCGUCCUUCCCUGAGGGCGCCUUAACCAAGAAGAUCAAAGUGGGACUACAGGCCCAGCCGGUCCCCGACGACCAGGUUAAGAAGAUCCUUGGUAACAGGGCGACCUUCAGCCCCAUAGUUACAGUGGAGCCCAGGAGGAGGAAGUUCCACAAGCCCAUCACAAUGACGAUCCCAGUCCCGCCUCUCUCAGGGGAGGGGCUUACCAAUGGCUACAAAGGAGACUGUACUCCAUGUCUCCGUCUUCUCUGUAGCAUCACAGGCGGUACGUCUCCAGCACAGUGGGAAGACAUCACUGGCACCACUCCUCUCACCUUCGUCAGCGACUGUGUCUCCUUCACCACUAAUGUCUCCGCCAGGUUCUGGUUGGCAGACUGCCACCAGAUCCCAGAGACGGUGGGCUUGGCCACGCAGCUGUACAGGGAGCUCAUCUGUGUGCCGUACAUGGCCAAGUUUGUGGUCUUUGCAAAGAUGAACGACCCGGUGGAGUCCAGACUGAGGUGUUUCUGUAUGACCGACGACAAGGUGGAUAAGACUCUGGAGCAGCAGGAGAACUUUGAGGAGGUGGCCAGGAGCAAAGACAUAGAGGUUCUGGAGGGCCGGCCCAUUUAUGUGGACUGUUAUGGAAACUUGGCUCCUCUGACUAAAGCUGGUCAGCAGUUAGUUCUUAACUUCUACGCCUUCAAGGAGAACCGUUUGCCCUUCUGUGUCAAGGUGAGAGAUCCCAGCCAGGAGCCCUGCGGUCGUCUUACGUUCCUUAAGGAAUGUAGGAUGGUCAAAGGCCUCCCGCAGACCGCCGUGUGCAACCUGAACAUCACGCUCCCUGCGGUGAAGAAGGAAAUGGAGUCAGAUGCCGAGGAUGAGACUGAAAAGCCAGAGCGACGUCAUACCUUUGCAUCCCUAGCCUUACGUAAGCGCUACAGCUAUCUGGCCGAGCCUGCACUGAGCCCUCAGAGUCCCUGUGAGAGAACAGACCUCCGCAUGGCAAUAGUGGCCGACCACCUCGGACUCAGCUGGACUGAGCUGGCCAGGGAGCUGGAUUUCUCUGUGGACGAGAUCAACUUCAUCCGAGUGGAGAACCCCAACUCCCUGACAGCACAGAGUUUCAUGCUCCUAAAGAAAUGGGUGCACAGGGACGGUAAAAAUGCCACAACGGAUGCUUUAACUGCGGUGCUGACAAAGAUCAAUCGGUUGGAUAUUGUGACUUUGCUGGAAGGGCCCAUAUUUGACUACGGUAACAUUUCAGGCACACGCUGCUUUGCCGAUGAUAACGCAGUAUUCCCGGAUCAGUCCGAUGGAUACGACAAUGUAGAUCUGGAGCUGAAAACCCCCUCAGACCUGAACUACCAGCCCCCCACCCCGCUGCGCUCCGACGACUUCUUUAGCGAGGCCGAAUUUAGCGCAGACUCCCCUAGCAAGAACAUGCUCACCAGACCUAGCGACCUUUCCCUCACUCAGACCACCAGUACCUCUAGCAGUGAGGCCGUCACAGUCGCCCCAGCCCCCGGCUCCGGGGCCACAGCGCCCCCUAUUGUUAGGGCGGAAGACACAGCUGUGAGUUCUGGAGAGGAACCAGUGCCUGCAGAGAAAAUGUCAGGGUUUUCAUCCUACGAGAGGCCGGAGAACGACAGGAGGGCGGUAGAGAAAUCAGAAAAGGUAACAGUCGGGUACGCUGAGGCCUUAGAGAGAGAAAUGAAGACAGGGAAAGGCUUCAUUGUGGAGUUUGAGGAAGAAAACCAUCACAAAGAAGCAGCCACGACUCAUGAAAACGGAAAACAGGAAGAAGAAGAAGAAGAAGAAGAAGAAGAGGAGAUGACCCAGGAGAGGCUGCAGAGUCUGCUGGAGGAUAUAAAACUGGAGGGAGGCUUGGAGGACGAGGACAUGACGGAGGAGAGGGUGAAUGCCAUCCUUGAACAAGUACGGCAAGCAGAGAAAGACAUGUGUUCAGUUCCAGGUUGGAGAAAUGAGACGUCCGACGCAACCGGAGAAACAUCAGGACGUGGCCACGACGCUCCCACUGAGGAGGGAAGCCCUGACAGUCUGGCUGAUUCGUUGGAGCAACCCCCGGCUCAGGUGGAGAAACAAAACGGAGGUCACAGCGAAGCAGCGAGGGAAGGAAAGGAAAAGGAGGCCAAGAGGAAAGGAUCUCAGGAGGACAGCAGCACAGCGGGACCAAGCAGAGGACGGGAGGAGGGAGGGGAGAGGUCCCAGCACAAAGUCCAGGGAGAGGAGGCCAAAAACAUUCCUGGAGAGUCUGUGACGGAGGAGCAGUUCACAGACGAAGACGGGAAUCUGGUCACCAGAAAAGUGAUCAGAAAGGUGGUGCGUCGUGUUUACAACACUGACGACAGAAGGGAAAGUGAGAGCGACACUCUUGCAGAAGAAGCAGCUGGUGUUGGUGGUGGUGUUGGUGUAGGAACAGGUGGAGGGGACGCUGCUCCUUCAACAGGAGGAGGAGCCUCAGGAGGGAAGGGCAAGAAGAGAGGGAAGCGCUCUCGACAGGGCAACAAGGCUGAGAAGUCUGGAGGGGAGACCCAGAGAGGGAAAUCUGAGCCUGGAGACAGCGCCACCAAGAAACAAGGGAAGAAGGGUCAAUCGUAACAGUAGAGCUCUCAAAUAAACCAGGUCCACCAACGUCCACCUGCGACACCACAAACACACCCUGGGAGGAAAAAGGAACUGGAAGCCUCGUCAACUCGACCACCAUCGUGUCUGAUGCUUUCACUUUAACAUCGCAUGGUUUUCAGCAAGACGACCGUAAAAAAAACAAAACAACAAGUUACUUUUCUUUGAUUUCGCAUGAGCAUGUCACUCAAACUCACUCACAGUUGGAAACAACGUGGAAGGACACGCAUGGACGUGAUCUGGAACUUUCUUAUCUUUGACAAACGGAAAGGCGUCUGUGACCAAAGACGGCACAAACAGGAGAAAAACUAAAACAAAAAAAAGGAAGACGUGUGAUUCACUCUCUCAGACACUCGCCUUAUAUGGUCUAUUUUUUCCUCCUGGGCCCUCGGUAUGGGGGUGUACCAUGUGGUUCUUUUUUUAAAAAUGAAAUAUAAUAAUAAAUGGGUGAUUUUGUUGUAUAUAAAUGACACUGUAUAAAAUCUAAAAAAAAAAAAAAUCAGUAGCUUCACAGAUUGUUUAUGCACUGAUUUGCGUUGAAGCUUUGCAGAGUCGCUGCGUUUGUAUCCAGAGGUCGACACUGUUUGCGCAGCCUUGAGUGUGUGACCUGACAUGCUCUUCCACAUGAAUACAGAAAAAAGCUGCGUGCAAAAAAGAACGGAGAGAAGAAAAAAAAACUGCUUGAUUUUAAAAACAAAGGACGUUUCUUUGAAGCAGACUUCCUGCUCUGUUCUCCGUCUUCAGAGAAAAGAUAUUUUGCUGCAUGUGACGUCACUUUAUUUUUAACGCCUUCCUUUAUUCCGCGCCUAACUCCAAGCACUGUAACACAAUUAGAGAAAAAGGGUUUCAUGGUACUUCUGUCUUCGUGAGCACUCAUAAUAACCAAAAACACCCGUCAUCUGCCGCUGAUUUGAUUUGGUAUGAAAAUGAAAUCAGUCACACUCCACAGGGGCUUCACUCUGCCGCUUCAGGACGCUUCUGUGAGACUAAAAACUUUGACUAAUCUCAAAUCUGCUCGCAGCCCUCGUGUGUGUGUGUGUGUCAAAGAAAAAUGUCUUCAUGCAUACUGGAAGUGUUUGUCCAAGCUUUUAGUUCUGCUGUGGUUUUAAAAAGGGGGAUUGUUUUUAUUUUGAAGGUUUGAUUACUUUUAAUUCAUUGAAGCCUGUAAUAAUAACAUGAGAACAGAGUCUCAUUUUUAGCCCCGAAUCGGCUCCUUUUUACUAACUUCAUCACUAAAUCACAGUAUUGAUCACAAGCUCUUUCAAAUCUGCUUUCUCUUCCUGUGUAUUUUUUUUCUUCCUGUUUGUCUUUUUUCAUACGAAACCACCCAAAGCAUCCAAUGUUGAUGAAAAAUCUGGUACCAACAUGUAUGAUGAACCGAUAUAGCCUACACUGGAUGAUCCAAGUAAUAAUUAUUUAAGCAGAAAAAUAAAUUGUGUUUAAACUGAA